AGAGAGAGAGAGACGCUCACACUCUCAUAGUAAAGCGGAGGCAACUGCGCCGACGAGCUUUACACAAGGCACACAUUUUGUGCUUGAGUUGCACGGGCUUCUGUGAUACAGCCGGAUUGAGAAUUACAUUUCGUUCAAAACUUUACACUUUGCGGAGGAUUUUCCCGUCGCUCGGAACUCUGGUUCUUUCUGGUACGACUUAAGAUUUUAACAUGAAGCAGCUGAAUGGAUUACGAGGCGGCGUUUCACGCUUUCCGAAGUGACAUGGACUGUAGCGACUCUUUCCGUUCCCGUUCACCGAAUCUGUAGUGAUCAGACCGCCCGGGUUUAAACAUGGAGGCUCCCUCCAGCUUUCAGCCGCAUCCAGGACUUCAGCAAACUCUCAAGCAGUUUCACUUGAGCUCCAUGAGCUCCCUCGGCGGACCGGCAGCCUUCUCGGCCCGGUGGCAGCAGGACAUGCUGUUUAAGAAGGACGGUAAGGGCGCCGAGGUGAUGGUGAACCUCCCCGCGCAGACGCCCCCGGUCAUGCCGGGGCCCCUCUUCAUCCCGUCGGACCGCUCCACCGAGAGGUGCGAGACGGUCCUGGAGCGGGAGACGAUUUCGUGCUUUGUGGUGGGCGGCGAGAAGCGCCUAUGCCUGCCGCAGAUCCUCAACAGCGUCCUGCGAGACUUUUCCCUCCAGCAGAUCAACUUGGUGUGCGACGACCUCCACAUCUACUGCUCCCGGUGCACGGCGGACCAGCUGGAGAUCCUCAAAGUUAUGGGCAUCCUGCCCUUCUCGGCCCCCUCGUGCGGACUGAUCACCCAGACCGACGCCGAGCGCCUCUGCAAUGCCCUCAUCUACGGCGGCACGUUCCCUCCGCACGCCGACAAAGAGCUGUCGUGCUCCAUCGAGCUGGAGAGAACGGAGAAGAGCUUUAAAGUUUAUCACGAAUGCUUUGGGAAGUGCAAGGGCCUGUUCGUGCCAGAGCUCUACUCGAGCCCCAACGCGGCGUGCAUACAGUGCUUGGACUGCAGGCUCAUGUUCCCGACGCACAAGUUCGUGGUGCACAGUCAUAAAAGGCUGGAGAACAGAACCUGUCACUGGGGCUUCGACUCGUCCAACUGGAGGGCUUAUAUUCUUUUGGAUCAAGACUAUAGUGAUAAAGAGGAGAGCAGCACGCUGCAGCAGCUCCUCAAUGAGUUAAAGGGAAAAUUCGACCUGGGGAACAAGCACAAGACAUCUUACAAGGCGUACAGUCCCAUUCCCUCCAAAAAGUCCAAACAGGACCGCUCAAGAUCCCCAUCACUGGAUAAAGAGAAGCAAGCUGAUUGGCUACAGUCUCUGGCUGCAUCUGCUAAUAAGGAUUUAAAGCAGCUGCAGUUCAAGCAAAGACCUUCAGCCUUCAGGCCAUGGUCUCCCAGAGUUCCUUCUGCUGAGCGAGAAAUGCCUAGCCACGCGUAUGAGAGAUCUCCUGCUAAAGAACAAGACAGCCGGGUAGUCCCAAAUGUAUCACUGCCCCUUUCCACAUUUAAAAAUAACGAACAGCCACCGCAACGUUUCUCUCAGCCCGCUGAGAGCCACAACACAAGCAAGACAGAGGGCUCCAGGCCAAGAAAGAGGUGGCCCUCUGCAGAGAGACAAUCACAGCCGGUGGCCAAGGCCUCUCUGCCCAUUCCAGCAGUCAGACAGCGUCCUAUGGAGAAUGAGGACUCGGACACAGAAAUCGAGGUUGACAACUGUAGCAAAGUUUCUGCCUCACGUUCCUUGAUGUCCCCUCCCUUUGCCAAUGGUGUAGGGGUGAUAAACCUCAACGCUUACAGCACUGCAGAAGUGCAUGAUGAGAGAGUGAGACUGGGGGCAGCUCCUUACUCCGAGCUGGAGGUCCUCAAGCAGAUGCUCUGCAGUGACCUUAACUCUAAGGAGGCUAGAGAGAAAUUCCUCCAGGAGGUCAUCCGCAUGCGAGUGAAGCAAGAGGAGAAACUAGCUGCUGCUCUACAAGCCAAACGAAGCCUUCAGCAGGAGCUGGAGUUUGUCAGGGUGACUAAGAAGGGCAGGCUGAGGGAGGCCAUCGAGGCUAAGCGCAACCUGAGGAAGGAGAUUGAGCGCCUCCGUGUGGAGUGUGAGAAGAAAGUGCGAGAUGCCAACGAGUCCUGCGGCAGGCUGAAGAGGGAGCUGGACAGAGAGAGACAGCUCCGUGUGUGCGAUAAGGGCUGUGAGGCAGGACGUCUGAGGGCCAAGUAUUCCUCACAGAUUGAAGAUCUCCAAACAAAGCUCCAGCAAGCAGAAGUGGACCGUGAGCAGUUGAGAGAGGAUCUGCUGAAGGAGAGGGAUGCCCGGCAGAACCUGGAGAGGGUCGUCAAAGAGCUCCAGGAACAGCUGGGCCACAAAGCAGAGACGGAGGGAUACACCAUCUCAAACACACAACCGGGCGAGGGAGAGAAGAAAGAAAUGAGAGAUGACGUAUCUUAAACAUUUAAUGUGUUCAGUGUAUGGCAGUAGUUGAAGACUUUGAUUUGAGGACAAGUAGAGGAUGCCUCUAAAGCCAACACUUUUUUGGAAAAAGUACUGGAGCACAGGAGAGUGGACUCAAGUAACUGGAAAGAAGCUUGCUCGCUCCUUGAGAGGAGGACGCUCGGAGACUCUCCUUCAGUUAGCUUCUUUAAGCUAAGCUAAGGAUUUUUUUGUUAUAAGCUAUUUAAUUUUUUUGCAAAGAUACUUGAAUAAUAUUUGGGAAACGAACAUGUUUUCUAUUCACAAUACGUUGACAGAAGCAGGUGAACAACCUGCUAGUGCCGCUGAUACUCUGUAAACUAGAAAGUGUUACAAGCCAGAAUUCAAUAUAGUACACAGGUGUUGUCAUUACAAUGUUCUGCUCGCUUUUAUUUGACCUUUUUUGUUAGCUGUUGUAUUGAAAUAGUUUGCAUGAGCAACAGUGCUAUGGUGCAGCAAAGCUUUAUUAUAAGCCUACAUUCAAAAGCUUUUUAUCUUUGUAUUUUUAAUUAACAUGUACUUAAAACCCUAUAGUAUUGGCAACGAUCAAUAUGGGCUGAAUCCUAUCCUCUGUCCUGAACUACAAUAUCAAGUAUUAUACUUUACUAAUUACCAGUUUUCGCAGUCCAAACAAACAUUACAGCGUGGGGCAUGAUAUUAAUCACUCCAUGCUUCUUGUUUGAUGGUCAAAUUAAUGUUUUGUUUGUUUUUUUCAUUCAAAAUCAGAAUUGUGACAAACAUCUAAUUUUAGUCACUGGUUUUAGGGCUCAUUUAACGUAAAAAAAAAAAAAAAUGCUGUUAAUGAAAAUAACAUUUCUACUUAUAUAGAAAAUAAGGAUAUAUAUUUUUUUACUUUCUACCAAAAAAAAGAAUUGCACUUUUAAGAAAAGAUAGUUGUAUUGUGUAUUUGAAGCCCUCUGUUUUUUCAAAUCUCAGACACCAAGUAUAGAAUAAAAAGUUUUCAUAUAUUUGUUACAGAUGUGAAUACCACUUAAACGUAAAAACACAAUGUAAAUAUGAUAGCGUGCUUUACACUUCACUCUAAAUGCUUUUGCUCCAAACCAAUAGACUGUAUGUAUAAAAGAUUUAACACAUAAAUGAAUUUCUCCUAUCAUAAUUUCAACUAGAGGGCAUUUACUAUAUAAAAUCCUUAUGUAAUAUUAACAAAAAAAAAGCAUAGAUCAUUAUAUUUCUGAAUAAAUACAGUCCCUUUGGAAAUCACUUUAUAUAAUUACCAAAGCAAAGCUUCACAUUCUGAGGUUGUGGUGGAUGAAUCAGAAAUGUGACUGAUGAACUGUAAAAAGUAUUUGCUGAAUUUCUAAUGAUCUUUUAUCUCCAUUACCCCUGUCUUGAAUAAACCUGCAGUAAUACAUAUACUAACUUUUCCAUCCAUCUAUUUAUUCUGGGUACAUUUUUACUUCCCCUUCUAUAUAACGAGAUCCGUAUGCUUGCCUAUGUCAGUUUUAAACCUUUUGAUGUUUUCAUGGUCACACUAGAGAUAUGCAUUGUGUUCAGGGUCUUGUCAUAGUUUUGGUUUUGAUGUGGGUCAUUUUCGUCACUUGUUUUAAUGUUCCCCCCACGUAUAAUAACAUUAAACAGAAUCAACCAUU